UGCCGGCGGCGGCACGGCCGAGGUUUGCUCGGUUCAGAGGGUGCAGCGUUGGUUUAUGUUUAGAGUUCAGAUCAUCCGACAGACGGUUGUCGCUGGAAGUAAUGAUGUGAGUGCUUCUUAAGUUCCACCUAACAACAACAGAUCAAUCUGAAAUCACCAGAAAUAUCUAAAAACAAGAAAAGAAGGUUGAGAGCAGAAAAGAAACGACUGUUUUGAAGUAUGGGAUGAGAGCAGCACCAGAACAUCCUUCCCUGAUAGUUGGAGGAAAAGUGCACUCAUCUGAGAAUGAAUAAAACCUGACAAAUGCCCACUGCACAUGUAGCAAUAAUGAGUUAAUCUCUCCAGCCCACCUGAGGAGCUAUUGCAGCUCCUGGUACACGAAGGAGUUGAGAGCGCACAGUCCCAAACCAGCCCUGUUUAGAGGUCUCUGCUGUCAAUGCUCCCUGGGGGAGCCCGUUGCACCUUCAAGGCUGUGCACCUACAGGCGUUGCUCGCAGUGCCAGCUGCACCUUCAGCAGCUUCCCAGAGAGCUGAGCAGGUGUGGCUGGUGGGCCACUGCUGUGUCAGCAGCCCUGUGAUGCCCUGCUGAGCAACGACCCGUGUUCACCCACCAUGCCUCGUGUGCUGCUUCCGUCCCACCAGGCACAGAUAGCAGCUUAUCUUGAGGAGUUUGACCGGUACUAUUCCUUGACCAAACUCAUGUCCUUCUACCAAGCAACCAACAGGACCACCUUCAACUGGACAGACAGCCGCAUUGUGGAGUGGGAGAAGUUUGCGGAGCUGGCUCGAUACGAGCCAGAAUCUCAGAAACCGACUGUGAAGGCUCUCCUGAUCGUGGCGUACUCAGUGAUCAUCAUCAUGUCUCUCUUUGGGAACGUGCUGGUGUGCCACGUGGUGCUGAAGAACAAGAGGAUGCAUUCGGCCACCAGCCUGUUCAUCGUCAACCUGGCUGUGUCUGACAUCAUGAUCACACUGCUCAACACCCCCCUCACUCUGGUUCGGUUUGUGAACAGCACCUGGAUCUUUGGGAAGGCGAUGUGCCAUGUCAGCCGCUUCGUGCAGUACUGCUCGCUGCACGUCUCCACGCUCACCCUGACAGCCAUCGCCCUGGACAGGCACCAGGUCAUUCUGAACCCACUCAAGCAAAGGAUGUCUCUGACAAAAGGAGCGCUGAGCAUCGCUGUGAUCUGGCUGCUGGCUGCCUGCUUCUCCCUGCCCCACGCCAUCUACCAGAAGCUCUUCCAGUACAACUACAGGGAAGCCACCGUGCGGAGUCUGUGCCUCCCGGAUUUCCCUGAGCCUGCAGAGCUGGUCUGGAAGUACCUGGACCUGUCCACCUUCCUGCUCCUCUACCUGCUGCCUCUGCUCGUCAUCACCGCCACCUACGCGCGCCUGGCCAAGAAGCUGUGGCUGCGCAACGCCAUCGGUGACGUCACCACGCAGCAGUACGUCGCCCACCACAGGAACAAGAAGAAGAGCAUCAAGAUGCUGGUGCUGGUUGUGGUGGUCUUCGCUGUCUGCUGGUUUCCGCUCAACUGCUACGUAGUGCUCAUCUCCAGCCUGGGCAUCAAGACCAACAACUCGCUCUACUUUGCCCUGCACUGGUUUGCUAUGAGCAGCACCUGCUACAAUCCCUUCAUUUACUGCUGGCUGAAUGAGAGCUUCCGUGCGGAGCUCAGAGCCCUGCUGUGUGUGUGCCAGCACACAGCUCAGCCACGAAGCACCGCGCAGCCGCCCGUGGCCACGUCCUGCCGCGAGGCCUGGGGGGAGCGAGCUGGGUGCAUGAAGGGGCCCUCAUCAAACAGCGUUUGCUCCACUGUGCUCAUCCCGACAGCCAACACUGACCUGUGAGCAAGAUGGCAGUGGAUGGAGUUUGGCACACGUCUGAGGGAAGGACUUCUUUGUAGCCAGGUGAACCUCAUCCUUAGGGAUUCCCCCAGAUAACUCAUACUAAAGCCUCCCAGCAGAGUGCAGGUGUAGCAGAAAUGCUAACUCAGGGCUUGAAGAAGCGAUCGAGCACCUGGUGGGAAGGUAGGGCCAACCCAGGGGAACUCAAGUCAAACAAUGCCACUGAGUGAUGGAAGGGAUGGAGCCAGGAUCCACUCCUGCCCAGACCUCAUUUAAGGGCUGGCAGUGGAGGUGAGGGUGUCUCUCUGGAGAUCCCUGUGUACUUGAGGCCUUCCAAAGGUAGACAGCUUUUUUCCAUAGAUUCUGCAUCCAGUGCUGCUACAUUUGGGCUUAUCCUAGCUUGCUGCAGCCAAAGUCUGUGCUGCCCUGCUAUUAUUGCAUUAUAGCAUUACAGCAGGGUAAGGGGAAGUCAGCAGUGGGUGUCACACUGAGUCCUGCUGCUCCUCCUGCCCUGGUCCCAGCCCAGGCUGUGUGCUGGUGGAGCAGAGCACUGUACUGCUCUGGGGCAGGAGCUCCAUCUCUAUGUCAGACCUCAUGUCAUUUGGUUCGCUGAGAAUUUAUUUUAAUAUCUGUUAUAAUUACAUUACAAAUAAAUCUAUACAGAAACUGAAUUAAAGGCCACAAAAUAAUUCAUCAGGGCUGUAGCAUUCACCAACUGGAGAAUUAAAUAAUUCUAGAUAAUUACUAAUUGUUGUGAAAGAGAUUCAUUGAAGCAACUUAAUUGAAUCACAGUUAAAGGGGAGGCUUUCUACAGUUUUGAGAAAAAUAGCUUGAUUUAGCUGUACUUGGGAGGCAAAUGGAGAAAAGAAGACAAUAAAGGAAAGAGAGGAAAAAAAUACAGAGAGACAAAGACAAAGAAUAUCAAGGCAGACAGAAACCAGAUUUGCUGUGUGAUUUUUGCUUGCAGUGUGGAACUGAUGGCAUUGAGAAGCAGUGCUCCUGCCAGGCAGUGAUGGCCCUUCCCAUCACACUGCUCCUCAGAAGCUGCUUGGUGGCUGCAGGGGCCAUUCCUGCCUGCGCCUUUCCAGGUCAUGCUUGAGUGAGGGGCUGCUCCAUCUGUAGAAGGCUGCUGCUAAGCUUCUCCAGUACGUUCUUGCAGGAGCCCUUAAGAAAACAAGGUUUAACUCACUAUUUGUUAAUAGGUAAUGGGAUUCAGGCCAGGUGAUAAGCGAAAUAAAAGGUAGCACUGCUGCUACAGCACUAGGCAGUGGGUUAAGUGAACCUUGAGAACAGCCUUGAUUGGGUAAUGAGCAGGCAAAAUGAGCAGUUAGUGACCCACAGAGUUGUUUGCUGCUCACGGCUGUUCAGCUGAUUCUGAUACUCACUGGCAUCACUAUGGAUUGCAGGUUAGUGUUCACCUGGAAUUUCAGCCUGGAGGAGCACAUCCUUUAUGGCCUAUUUAUAUUGUCCUGGUCAAAAUUUUUAAAUACCCACAAAAGCAAAUGUUUCCCAAAGAAACAAUAGAAAAUGGAAAGCUACAUCCUGUCCCCGAAAGCAUUCUGUAGCAGCACAGGAGCUGGAAUGGCGCCCUGGCUCAUGCAUGGCUCCCAGUGCAGCCAUCAGGGGCACUGGCAGAGCCAGCUUGGUGCUGGGUCCCACCUGGAGAUGGUGCUGGGCCAGCGUGCAGCAAAACAAGCUGCCUUUGCUUCAGGUCGCAGAGAGCUUAAAAAGCAUGGCUGUGUGGUGGGGAGACCCAGACACCUGCAGAGCGCUGUAAAAGCAUAAGGCUGCUCCAACCCCGUGUUCCUCAAGGCAGGAAUUUUAGACAUACACCCACAGACUGCUGCUGCUCACGGGCUGAUGUUUGUUACACACUGCUGCACGCAGUCUGGAGGGUCGAAGAAAUCCCACAAAAAUGUGCUGCCCCAAGGCAGAGGCCCCUUAAGCCAAACCUAAACGUCCAACUUGAUCCCAGUGUGACUUGGAGUGUCCUUCCAUCGUGUGCUGCAUGAAGCACUGUGUGCACAGUGAGAAGAUGAGCUCUGUCUCUUCACAUUUUCUUUCAAUGUUCAAGUUAUAGCUCAGGCUUCGAUGAAAUAACCAUGGCAACAAUAGGAACUCUGAUAUGUUUCAUGAGAAAUAUUAAGCUAUGGCUCUCGCUGUAACUCUGAAAUGAAAUCUGCCGUGCUCUAAUUCUGGAGUAUGAGCUGACCCUGGGAUCGGAUACCACCCCGAGGCUGUUGUGCAGCGCAGGGCGGAUGGGCAGAGGAUUUCAGUGUUGGGUAUUCAGCACUGAGACUGCAGUCCCUCAGACAGAGCCCAGCAGCCCCAGGGCCCUGCCUGGUGCUGGCACUGCUGUCGGCCAUGCAGGCAUCAGAAGUCUCUUAGAGAGAUCUGAAGCUGAGUCCAUCUGUGAGAUUUAUUAGUGUUCUUUUUUGUCUUUCUUUAAAUGGCUUCGUGAUCAUUCUCUGGAGGAAUUGAAGAUCUCAGUCCAAGCAGCAGGUCUCAGCUCAUGCCUUGGUCUCAUGCCAGUCCCCUGCCACGCACAUGGCUGUCUCCUGCUGUGAGGAGUAACUGAGCCUUUUUCCCUAGAUCUGUAAAUUGUAACACGUCUGUAUUGCUGAGCUUUUCUCCCCUAAAUGGGCACAAUGUAGGAGCUGACUGUACUGCAGCUCUGUAAGGACUUUGCUAUCUGGGCUGGUGACUAUCAAUGCCUGAUUGAAAUUCAGAGCCUCACAGCCCGUUGCCCAGAGGCCCCGUAUCACCUGAGGAUGCCCCAACAUGACAGCACUCACUCAGCAGCUUGCAAGAAGAGGAUGGAUGCAUGGCAGGCUGUUCUGGUGGUGGUGUUCUAGUGAUCCUGCACAGAGCAGGGGGGUUGAAACUACAUGAUCAUUGUGGACCUUUUCAACCCACGCCACUCCAUGAUUCUGUGAUUCUAUGAUAUGAGCCGAAUUAUUUGGCUGAAGGGCACGUCUGCUGUGCUGCAGGCACAGGGCUUGUAGCAGCAAUCAGAGGGCUCUCCUGGCUGAGGCCUGUGACAGGCAACAAUAACUCCUGCAGUGGCUAAAACUGGUCAAGGUCAGAGCCAGCCCAGCAGGUAAAUGGAUGCUGAUGUGCUGCAGUCAUUGCUUCGCCUUCAGACGCUGUGUGUGGGUGGGAGCCACCUUAUAGAAAUCUGCUGCACAGAAACUGCCUGAGCACAGACAGCGUGCAGAGAUCCAGCAGCAAUGUCUGAGUGAUUCACAGCCCUGCGUUUCUUGCGUUAGCUCAUGCCAGAUGCAUCCAACUGCCUACAGCAGAGCUGCUGAUGGAGGCGAUAACAGCACAGCAUGGAGGAUACCUGAAUUCCAGAGACAAAUCCCUUACACGGCCCUGCUGCAUAAUGAACAAAGAAACCACCAAAUGCCAAGCCGAUUAGUAAAACAAGGCAGAAAGAAAUGCACAGUGAGUCAUAAGAUUAGCUCAGGAAGGAGAAGCAGAGCAAAACUAUUAGCAGUUAGCUCUCCAGAUAGAAAACAGCACCCUGGGUCUGAAGGGGUACAUGGGAAUAUUCUCGGGUGCAGAUCAAGCCCUGGCAGGUGGGAACACAGCUGGGUCAGUACCAGGGCUGUCUGUCCACUUGCUCUGCUAUGAAACUAGCAGCCUUGUCCAUCCUCAGACUGAGAAAGGAGAGGGAGAAGAACCCCCAUGCCUCACAGGGGCAGUCUGGGUGCAAAGAGCACAGGAAUAGCUGGGAAAUGGUGAACAGAACUCAGGUGGGUGCAGCAGGGAACGGCUCUCUGCUCCUGCAGGACGCAGCUCUGCCCUCUCACCGACCAAACCGAUGCCCAUCUCCCUCCAGCUCUUGCCUCCUGCACUGCGGUUGGGAGAGCAAUGCCUCUGAUCUGCCCGGCUUUGGGUGAGGCCCAGGCAGGAGUACUGGAGGGAUGAGGGCUGGGUUUUAUGCCAAGCAUAACACCUCAGCCAGCUCUGGGUUUGAUUCAGGAUUUCAGAGCCCCACCAGUGCUCGGCAGUAACCCCAGAUCCGUGCAUGUCCCUGUGCUGCCCCGAGGCCCAUUUCCCAGUGCUCCCGAGGCCUUCACUGUUCCCUGCCAGCUCCACAGCUGUGCCAGUGCCCGUUCUGUUCCACUGACCUGAGAUGACGGAUGGGGCAGGCAGGAGCAGCUCCCGACCACUGCAGCGCAUGGGAGUCUGCGGGCAGCGUGGAGAGACUCCUUGGGGCUGUGAGGUCUCCCUUCAGACCGAGCAGCUGUGCUUUGUGUCCCACCAUCCACUCCCUGGCAAUGGUUUCUCCUUUCCCGCCAGCAGUCGGGGUUGAGAUAACACUUUAGCCCAUGUAAUGCAGAUUUGUGUCCCCGAGGCAGGCGUUGCUCACGGUGCCUGCUCAGCCUGCAGCCUGCAGUGCUCCACUGCCCACAGCGAGCUGUGAGGGGUGGCUGUCACCUACCGGAGUGAUGGGGAGAAGUGGAAAAUUGAAAACUCACCAGGCUGAGUCCUGCAGGAACCGAGUGCCUGGUUCCACCACACAGGUGUUUGCCACUGAAAGAGACUUCUUUUGCUCCUGUCACAGCCCACAUGAAAAAAUCUCCUUGGCAGAUAAGAACAGAGGAAUUGACUUAUAAAAUUGGAUUGAUGGACCGUCUAAUUUGUCUGCUGGAGAGAGAAACAAUUGCUUUAUGGGAAACCAUAAGGAACAAUUAGAGGGACCAUCCACAUAGAUGGAAUUCCUGCUCAUUGACUUGCAGUUAGUAAUGCUGUAGGGUCUGUAAGUUUGUACCUCCUCCCGUCUCUCUGUGACGUCUCUCAGCCCACACCACGUCCACCCACCCUCGGGUGUUCUCGGAGGGAGGGUUUCACUCAGGCAGGAGCUCGGCUGGGUGCUUGGAGCUGAAAGCAGUGCAGUGAUUUUCAAGAUGUGAUCACUGACAGCUCCGCAUCUGCAAAGUUCUGUGGCUUGUGUUUCUAAUUGGUUGGAAAGAGAGGUGCUGGGGUACCGCCAGCUGCUGCUGCUCUGCCGCACCUCGGGGGCUGCACAGCACAAAAAGCAGCCUGUCCAUGUGCAGAGUUCUGUGCGGGCUGCAGAUUAUUCUUCUUCUGAAGCUCGAGGGUUAAUUUAGCAAACCUAGAGUUAAAGUCAAUUUACAAAUAAGAUUGCCUUGUGUUAUAUUAAAAACCAUCGUGCUGAUGGCAUUACAUUGUCUUUUACAUACUGAAAUGCAACAUUCUGCUGUCUUUCACAGCUUGCAGGGAAUGAUGUGGAAAUACUACGUUUGUCCUUUGGUUGAAUGGUGCUGGCUAACACAGCUGGUAAAGACCAUGAAUACUGAUUGGUUGUUCAGACAUCUCAGCUAUAGAUGAGAGCGGGUUGCUAAUGAACACUGAGCCUUUUGGUCCCCAGCAGCCAAACCCCUCAGACACCAUCACGUUUCCCCUCCUGACACCCCGAGAUAGGCAAUAUUCACUGCACGCCUGCUGCCCACAUGCAGUAUUUCCGGCAGGGAGCUGAAGGACUGUACCUUCAAACAGCAUUAAACUUUUGCACUCUACAUUGCUGGCUACUUUUGGGGAUUCAUUUCUAAUUUGAGGGCAGUUUAUUCAUUUAUGACGUGAUUCGUGGUGCAGAUGGAGAAAUGGACAAAGGCAAAAAAGGGAAGAAGAGACUGAGCGUCGGUGAUAAACGCAGUCAUCCCAGCCCUUCCAGCAGCCAUUGCUGUGCCCGCUGCCACAGCCUGCCCACAUUCCCCAGUCAACUCCUACCUCCUGGCAACAGUCAAUCAUUCAAUAAUAUGCUGUAAGACGUGUUUUCACUCAUGUAUAGUUGCCUUUGUGUCCUGCAGGGAAGAAGUAAUGCGAGAACCACACACAUACGGGAAAACUGGAGAAUGUAAAAUGGAAAACGGAGUGAAUGAACAAUAAAAAGUCAUCUGUGUGGAGGGAGAGAAAGGAAGGCACCUUGGACAUGGAAAUUCAGCUCUUAUGGAUUUAAGUCUUCAUUUUCAGCAACCAAAAUGUAACUGACUGUUCUCUCAGCUCCGUGGAGGAGAUGGGAAGGGCUGGCAGACACCGCUGAGGCCGUCCUUCAAAAACACAAACUGACAUUUGAUGACCAGCUUUCUGUUCAGCUUCUCUCUCACGAGUGCUCCUCUCCCUGGCUGUGGCUGCCUUGUCGGGUGCUGCAGCAUUACCUGCUGCAAAGCAGGUGUCGAAGCCAUGGCCACAGCCGCCUCCGGGAACCACGGGGCCAUGCAGGGCCACUCCCAGCCUGGCUUAGUGCUCAGGGGUGGCAUUGCCCUGAACCGGAGCCCACAUGGCACGGAGGGCACUGGACAAUGGGGAAUCAGUCAGACACGCUGAUGGCAGGAGCAGAGGGGCUUGGGAAAUGCACUCUGAUCAUUUAUGAGCAGUUCUUGUAACCGUCACAUAAUUGCAUGUAAUGAGGCAUCAUUGUGUGCUAAUGAGCAGCUGUGCCACGUUAAACCCUGGCAGAGCUCCUGCUCUGUGCACUAUGGGUGGCUUUGCUGCCUUGCUGGGCACUCCCAAGGGCUUUGGCAGGCCCCAGGUUGCUCCUCGCCUGCUUCUGCCACACGGCACAUGCUCCAGCAAGGCAACUGCAGGCUGUCCUCAUCCUGUGCCCGUGUUCAUUGCUGGUGCCUCCUGCACUGCUUCGCUGUGCAGAUGC